UUAAUCUUUACCUUUAUUCUCCAACUCAUAAUCUAAUAUCUCACCCUUCUCAGGAAUGAUGGGGAGGUCUCCUUGUUGUGACGAAGUUGGUUUGAAGAAAGGUCCAUGGACACCAGAGGAAGAUCAGAAGCUCAUGGAUUAUAUUCAGAAACAUGGCCAUGGAAGCUGGAGAGCACUUCCAAAGCUUGCAGGAUUGAAUAGAUGUGGGAAGAGUUGCAGAUUAAGAUGGACUAAUUAUCUUAGACCAGAUAUCAAAAGGGGAAAAUUCUCUGAAGAUGAAGAGAGAACUAUUAUCCAACUUCACUCAGUUCUUGGAAACAAAUGGUCAGCAAUCUCUACUCAUCUCCCUGGAAGAACUGAUAAUGAGAUCAAGAAUUUCUGGAAUACCCAUCUAAGGAAAAAACUCCUUCAAAUGGGUAUUGAUCCAAUAACUCACAGACCAAGAACUGAUCUCACUUUCCUCUCAGAUCUCCCUCAUUUGCUAGCUGCUGCAAGCCUUCUCAAUCAGAUGAAUCCUUUGGUAGAUGCUGCAGAGUUAGCCAAAAUCAAAGUGUUGAAUCUACUACAACUCAUUAAUAGUAAUAGUGCACCUUCAAAUAUGGAAGCAGUUAAUCUUUUGGGUUUGAAUCACUUUAGUGAUUAUGUUCUCAAUGAAUAUGUCCAAUCAAAUACCCAAUUCCAAGGACUUCUCAAUAACCCUCUUGGCCUUUCUUCUAACCCUACUCAAAUGCAAUCUAAUUUUGCAGAUUUUGGAGUCUCACAAUCAACCAAUGAGAAU